AUGGAUCCCUUGGCAUCGAAUUUUCGGGGAGAGACAGUCCUCCUUUUUGGGUCACAGUCGCUAUCCUUUGAUGCAAAUACAUUCAAUGCUAUCCGGUCAAGCCUAGAGAAAGAGGAAUACCUCAGGUGGAUUCGCCAUACGGUGGCAGACCUCCCAAGCGCACUGAACACUGCAUUACAGCAUGUUCCCCAUCUAAAAGGCAGCGAAGAAUGGGCUUUUUCUGCGGUGCAGGAGCUAAAUGACUGGCUCGACUCCGGUCAUCAACCGAAUUCGCUGGAUCCGUCAGCAUUACCAAACACUAUCCUGACCCCCCUAGUCGUUAUACUGCAUCUGAGUCAGUAUAUGAAAUAUCUCAUAUCUGCCAAUGAUUAUCAGGACGAUACUUUGCUCUCUAAAAGACAGCAGGAGACCUGCGAGACACUGGGAUUAUGUACAGGACUUCUCAGCUCCUUAGCGGUAUCAAGCAGCAGGACGAGAUUACAGCUAGAGAGGUACGGGUCAGUUGCUAUUCGCUUGGCCAUGUUGAUAGGACUUAUUGUUGAUGCUCGUGAUCGAUCGACUUCUCAUGGGCCGUCUCAGUCAACCGCGGCUUUGUGGCAUUCUGAAGAGCAGAAGGAGAAAUUGCUGGAAAUUCUAGCAGCAAAUCCAGAGGCAUAUAUCUCAGUUUAUUAUGACCAGAAUCGAGCAACAAUUACCAUUCCAACCGCUCAGACUGCCACAAUCCGCAAAGAUCUAGCUUCCGCUGGACUGACUACAACAGAAAUCGGUCUUCGAGGACGAUUCCACUGGAGUGGGCAUGAAGCAGAGGUUGAUCAACUGAUCAAACUUUGCGACAUCGACAAGAGAUUCCAAUUCACACAAAAGACAGCUCUUGUGCUCCCGAAUCGGUCAUUUGACAGUGAGCCACAUGUCCACCAAGGACCUUUGCAUGCGAUGGCCUUAUGGUCCAUUCUGGUAAAUCCUCCAGAAUGGCAAAAGACGGUUAGCGCAGUCUAUGCCUCCACUCUGGUCAGCACUACCGCGAAGGUAGUUUCUUUUGGACAAGAACGCUGUGUACCACCGACCAUCUUACAGAACCUGGACUCGCGGGUCUUUUAUAUGGGAGACCUGGAGAAAACAUCCUCUCCCCGCCCAAGGGGUGACGACAUUGCCAUUGUUGGGGCGUCAAUUAAGGUCGCCGGAGCAGAUGACCUCGAAGAAUUCUGGGAAAUCCUUUCAAAGGGAAUUUCACAGCACAAGGAAGUGCCGCCAGAGCGAUUUACUUUUGACACUGUUUAUCGCGAUCGCGACCCGAAAACGAAGUGGUAUGGCAAUUUCCUAAAUGAUCCCGACAAAUUCGAUCACAAAUUCUUCAAGAAGUCACCAAGAGAGGCCGAAUCUAUGGAUCCACAGCAACGUUUACUACUACAGAUCGCUUAUCAGGCCCUUGAAAAAGGGGGGUAUUUUCACAAUGCAGGCCCAGAUCAGCGUAUUGGAUGCUAUAUGGGUGUUUGUGCUGUUGACUAUGAGAACAAUCUCGCUUGUUACGCACCAAAUGCUUUCACAGCCACUAGCCAUCUGCGUGGGUUUAUUGCAGGCAAGGUUAGUCACUAUUUUGGUUGGACUGGUCCUGCCUUAACUAUUGAUACUGCUUGUUCCUCCUCAGCGGUCGCAGUACACCUGGCCUGUCAAGCUAUCUUAAAAGGUGAAUGCACAGCGGCACUAGCUGGUGGAACCCAGAUUCUUACAAGUCCGCUAUGGUUCCAAAACUUAGCAGGCGCGUCUUUUCUGAGCAAGACAGGUCAGUGUAAGCCGUUUGACAGUAAAGCUGACGGCUAUUGCCGUGGUGAAGCUGUGGGAGCAGUUUUUUUGAAGAAGAUGAGUGCUGCGCUUGCUGAUGGAGAUCAAAUACUGGGUGUUAUUUCUGGGACAGCGGUUCAGCAGAAUGAGAACUGCACCCCAAUCGUGGUCCCAAAUAAGCCAUCAUUAUCUGAUAUGUUUCAGUCAGUUAUUGAAAAGGCUCGCCUUCAACCAGACCAUAUCACCGUUGUCGAAGCCCACGGCACAGGUACAGCAGUUGGUGAUCCUGUAGAGUAUGCGAGUGUUCGAGAUACGCUUGGAGGGUCAAAGCGUACAAAGAAGUUAUUUCUCGGUUCCGCAAAAGGCCUCGUGGGGCACUGCGAGUCUGCAUCCGGAAUAAUUUCGCUCGUCAAGGUCCUGCUCAUGAUACAGAAGGGAAUGAUCCCACCGCAAGCUAGCUUUAAUACUUUGAAUCCAGCCACGAAGGCGACCCCUGCAGAUGGGAUUGAAAUCUCACGGCAACUAACCGAGUGGAAUGCGCCUUUCCGUGCUGCGCUCAUCAAUAACUACGGCGCAUCAGGCUCAAACGCUUCAAUGGUUAUCACUCAAGCUCCACGAGCUACUACGACUAUUCCAGGGGGCAAUGAGAUGGAACGAGUGCCUUUUUGGUUUAGUGCACUGAACGAGAAAAGUCUUCAGGCAUAUGCAGCGGAAUUCCUGAAGUACCUCAAAGCAAAUCAUGGGCAGCUAUCUUUGCCGGACCUUGGGUUUAAUGUGUCCCGUCAGUCCAAUCGCUCUCUUCCUCGUAGGCUCUUGUUCACCUGCCAAUCUACCAACGAACUUCAGCAGCGGUUAGAGGAGUAUGUAAAGGGCGAUUCAAAGACAUCUUCUAGCGAAUGUCCAGCAACACGGCCGCUAGUUCUCUGUUUUGGUGGGCAGGUUUCAACAUUCAUAGGACUGAGCCGUCAAGUAUAUGAGGACGUCGCUCUCUUACGUGGACAUCUUAACUCCUGCAAUCGUCGCUGUCUAGCUUUGGGAUUGAGAGGCAUUUUCCCAGCAAUAUUCCAAAAAGGUCCAAUAGAAGACAUCGUCACUCUACAGUUGAGUCUAUUCGCCAUGCAGUACUCUUGUGCCAAAAGCUGGAUUGAUGCUGGUGCUCAACCCGUCGCUGUUCUGGGCCAUAGCUUCGGAGAACUGACAGCGCUUUGUGUCUCGGGUGUCUUGUCUCUUGAUGAUGCUCUACGUAUGAUUGCUGCUCGUGCACAAAUAAUCAGAGAUAGCUGGGGUUCCGACGGCGGUAGUAUGAUGGCUUUGGAAGCAGACUUGGAUGUUGUGCAAAAGCUCUUGGCUACAUCUAAUGCCAAUCUUCCUGAAAACGAAGUCGCAGUAAUUGCAUGCUACAACGGCCCUAGAAGCUUUACAAUUGCUGGUCCAAGGCGCGCAAUUGAUGCGCUAGAUACAUCUCGACAGGCAAGCCCAGAAUUUGCCAGCAUUAAAGCUAAGCGGCUUGAUGUUACCAAUGCCUUCCAUUCAACCCUUGUUGAACCAUUGCGAAAUAAGCUGACCGAAGCUACCAAGGAGCUAAAUUUCAGGGAGCGUGGUACUAUUCACUUGGAACGUUCUACAGAGACACGCUCAGAAAAGCUCAUAGACAACCCCGGCUCGUAUGUUGCCGAUCAUAUGCGCAACCCAGUAUUUUUCCAUCACGCUUUACAGAGACUUGAUAACCAGUUCCCCAACGCAAUUUAUCUCGAGGCUGGAUCGAGUUCUACAAUCACCAAUAUGGCCAGCCGAGCUUUGGGAGGUUCAGGAGGAAGACAUUUCCAAGCCAUGAGCAUCACGACAGACAAAGGGUUGGAUAACCUUAUCGACGCUACUAUGAGCCUAUGGAAUGCUGGACUGAAUGUUCGCUUCUGGAAGCAAGCCUUUGUGGAAACAGAAAAUUACAAACCUCUGUUACUGCCUCCGUAUCAGUUUGAGAAAUCCCGACACUGGCUUGAGCUCAAAGAGCCGCCCAAACCUGAGAUUAUCACAAUGUCCGCCGGUGGGCAGCGAACAGACAAGGCACCAGAUACUAUUUUGAGCUUCGUUGGAUACCAAGAUUCAAAUAAAUCGCACGCCCGGUUUCGACUUAACACCGAAAACCGUGAGUACCAGGAGCUCAUGAAGGCGCAUCUUAUUGUAUAUACUGCGCCUAUCUGCCCAGCGACAGUCCAAAUGGACAUCGCUAUUGAGGGUCUUAAGACCCUGGUACCGGGAAUUGGGUCCGAAGUUCAACCUCAAAUCCAUAACGUCGAUAACCAGACACCCAUCUGUGCCGAUAAAUCACAGUCCAUAUGGCUUGAUAUGAAACUUGCUGAUGAGCCGAGUAAAAUUAGCUGGCGUUUCCGGUUCUUCGGCACAAGCCUUGAUAACGAUAAAAUGCCUUCAAACAAGCAAGCGGAUGCCGGUGUGACUUUCACCCUUGGUACCUUGGUGGUUGUCCCAAUGGAGGAUGAGCAAACCAAGCUUGAUCUAACCCGCUAUGAUUUACUCACUGGCCACAAGCGCUGUGUCGAACUGUUGCACAGCACCGAAGCCGAGGAGAUUCUACAGGGACGCACUAUCUACAAGACUUUCGCUGAUAUCGUGGACUAUGGUGAGCAAUACAGAGGACUUCAGAGAUUGAUUGGUCAUGGCAACAACUCCGUGGGGAGAGUGGUACGCGCCUACAAUCCGAAGACCUGGUUUGAUGCACAUUUGUCCGAUGCCUAUGCUCAAGUCGUCGGUAUCUGGUUGAACUGUAUGACGGAACAUGAUGCAGAAGAAUUAUACGUUGCACGAGGCUUCGAAAAGUGGAUCCGCUCUCCUGAUAUCCAGCCGACGAGCAGACCUGACAGUUAUGAUGUUCUAGCCUACCACAAGGGACCUAGCAGGAACUCCUGCUUGUCUGAUAUCUUCGUCUUCCAUCCAAAGACUGGUCAACUCAUUGAGGCAAUUUUGGGCUUUCAAUUUGUUAGAAUACCACGAAAAGGUUUGGCAAAACUGCUUACUCGAUUGACCCGCGAUGAGACAGCAUUGGCGACCAACGCCCAGUCCAGGGCAAUUCCCCCACCAUCAACAAAUACAACACAAUCUUCCUCUCAGCAGACACCUAUACCCAAAGCGGCUGCUCCGAAAAAAGAGAAAAAACGUCCGGGAAACCCCAAAUUAGAUGUUUUGCCAAAGCUCAUUACGAUCCUGGCGGACUUGGUGGGACUGGAACCAGAAGAGAUCACCAUCAACAGUGAGCUAGCCGAUAUUGGGGUUGACUCUCUAAUGGCCAUGGAGGUUGUGACAGAGAUUGAACGCGUGUUCUCGUGUUCAGUUCCCUUGGAUGAUGUAGCCGAUGUCACAACCAUGAGUCAACUAGUUCGUGUUGUCGAAUCGAUAGUGGGCAUGGAAGGGAGCGAAACUAGCAACCUAUCUUCUGAUGAUGAUGACGAAAAUGGCACACCAUCUACCCCAGAAACGGACUUAAGUGAUGCUUCUGUUGAUGCUGUCGUUGAUAAUGCGGAAUUGAUCGCAUAUUUUGCUGAAAGCCUCGGCAUGGAUGCUAGUGAAAUAUCGGCAAACGUUCAAUUGAAAGAGCUGGGAGUGGAUUCUUUGCUCUCCAUGGAGCUAGGAGGAGAACUAGUUGAAAAGUUUGGCUUAAAUCUGAACGAAUCCACUGUUCUCGAGGAUAUGACAAUCAACGACCUUCGCCAGACGGCACCUGGAGCUGCUGCGCCUAAAGUUGCUGAAUCUACCAUCACUUCCGCGCCGCAAGUGACAACUUCAAAAGCUGUUCCCUUGACGAACGGGACAUCCUUUAAUAUUCCUGUUGAGACCAUCUUGUCAGCCUUCAAAGAGACAAAAGCAGCUGGAGAUAGCUUCAUAACUGCCACCGGAUGUCGCGGAUAUGUCGAGCAGGUGUUACCAGAACAGACUUUACUAUGCGCUUUACACACUCUUGAAGCUUUUGAAAAAAUGGGCUCAUCAAUUCGAACACUUAAAGCUGGUGAUACUAUGACGCUGUUCACGCCCCGACCUGAAUAUGUUUCACUUAUAGAACGUCUGACAGAGAUGCUGGAGACUCAAAUUGGACUGAUCAAGGUGAUUGGUGGCCCAGGUCUCACCAUUGAGCGAACACAGACUCCGUAUCCGACGGCUUCCAGUACAGUUUUAAUGCAGGAAAUGCGACAGAAGUACCCCCAGUACCAAAACGUGAAUGAGUUGAUAUUCUACGUUGGUUCCAAUCUUGACCGAGCCCUCCGCGGCGAGACUGAUGGUAUUAAAUUAAUUUUCGGCUGCGCUCAAGGACGAGAACUCGUAUCUGGGCUUUACGGUGACUGGAUCAUGAACAUUUGCUAUUACCGACAGAUGGAAGAUUUCCUCAUACGACUUAUUGCUAAACUCCCCUCAAACGAGCCACUGCGGAUACUCGAGAUGGGUGCUGGCACAGGAGGAACAUCGAAGUGGCUCCUUCCUCUCUUGGCUCGACUUGGUUGCCCGGUUGAGUAUACAUUUACGGACCUGGCACCAUCACUUGUAGCAGGAGCACGCAAGACAUUCAAACAGUAUGCCUCCUUCAUGAAAUUCCGAGCACACGACAUUGAGCAGGAACCUGCGGAAGAUCUUCUCGGAACGCAGCAUAUGGUUGUGGCGAGCAAUGCUGUCCAUGCAACUGUCAGCCUUGUCGAAUCGGCUAAAAAGCUGAGGAAAGUUUUGAGACCGAAUGGAAUUCUCAUGAUGCUGGAGAUGAUUGAGCCCCUAUAUUGGAUUGACAUGAUCUUUGGUUUGUUCGAAGGCUGGUGGCUAUUCGCAGAUGGACGCAAGCAUGCUCUAACCCCACCCGCGCGCUGGAAGACAGAUUUGCAGGCUGCAGGCUUCGGGCGAGUAGACUGGUCUGAUGGCAAUCUGCCAGAAAAUAGCAUCAACAAAGUCAUCAUUGCCGUCGCCUGCGAGCCUGAAAAGCCCGAAGAGCUUGACAGAAAAAGUGUUGUGGAUGAAUUUGUCCACAAAUAUACUCAGGGAGUCGACCUUCUUUCUCCAGCUAUCAGGGUAAACCGGAAGUCGUUAGGCCAUGCUGUGCUUGUCACAGGGGGUACUGGCAGUGUUGGAGCCCAUGUCGUUGCGCAUCUUGCUCAACAGCCCUUCGUCACAAAGGUUAUUUGUCUGAACCGUCGUGGCAAGCUCGAUGCGCGCCAAAGGCAACUAGAAUCCCUUGCCCAGAAAGGCUUACAAUUGUCUGAUGAGAGUCUUGCAAAAAUUCAAGUCUACGAAACUGACCUCUCUAAGCCACAGCUUGGAUUAUCGCCAGAAAUGUACCUUUCUUUGCUGGAAUCUACUACAGAUAUUAUUCACAAUGCUUGGCCUAUGAGCAUCAAGCGCCAAGUACAAGGUUUUGAGGCUCAAUUUCGCAUCAUGCGCAAUUUGAUCGAGUUUGCUCGCGACAUUUCUCUCGGCGGGGGUGAUCCUCUUGGAUUCCAAUUUAUAUCCUCCAUUGCGACUGUAGGUCACUAUCCACUCUGGAAGCAAGAGAUCCGUGUUCCCGAAGACCGCUUGCCGCUUGAUGCAGUUCUUCCCAUCGGAUAUGGUGAUGCUAAAUAUAUUUGCGAGUUGAUGCUGGACAAAACAUUGCACACAUACCCCCACCGAUUCCGCGUUUCGACUGUACGAUUGGGACAAGUCGGUGGAUCUAAGAUUUCAGGUUAUUGGAAUCCAGUCGAACACCUUUCUUUCCUAUUCAAAUCGGCACAGACAAUCCAACAACUUCCUGAUUUACAUGGACCGCUCUCCUGGACCCCUGUUGAUGAUGUCGCCAAAUCCCUAGUCGAUCUUCUCUUCACUGAAAAGCCAUACCCUGUCUAUCACAUUGAAAACCCGAUUACUCAACCCUGGCAAGAAAUGAUUCCCAUUCUGGCAGAUGCCUUGGGCAUCCCACGUGGAAAUCGCCUGUCCUUGAAAGAUUGGGUCGCUCGUGUGCGUGAAUUCCCAGAAGAUCCUACAGAUAAAGAUAAGAAUCCUGCUACUGCAUUAGUCGAUUUCUUUGAACAAGACUUUGAACGCAUGUCAGUCGGUGGUCUGUUACUUGAUACUACAAAGAGUCGGGAGCAUUCCCCAUCUCUCCGAGCUGUUGGGCCGAUAACCCCAGACCUUGUGCGAAAGUUUAUUUCUUACUGGAGGAGUAUCUCUUUUGUUGCCUGAUUAAACGGUGAAUAAGAAGCCCUGGAAGGCAUGCGUGGAAUCUGAGACUAGUUACUAUAUUGCGUUGGAUAGCUUUUUUGUAAUUUUUCGUGUUCUUAGUCUAUCCUAGUUUCAUCACUUAGAAUAUCAAGAUAUGACCUGAAUAUAUUCAGUAUAAGUUCGUGUUUAUUAUUGAGAAGAAACCUUCAAGA